UCAUGCUGGACUUUGAUCUUAAUAUAAAUUUUGAUUUGUUUUCAAUCUGGAGUGUAUUUAAACGUCUGUUUUUGGAGCAAGUGAUACAAAUUUUAUUUUAACUUUACUAAGUACUUGUUCAAUAUUUAUUAUUUUUCACAUAAAUAGUUAUUUUUUAUUAUGAAUUCACGUCUUUUGCAAGUAUUGCGACCAGGACGAGUGAUUUAUUCCCAAAUGAUGAAUUUAUCAAGUGCAGCAUCCGGAAAGAAACAAUAUGAAACUCUUCUUGUUACAGAAACAAAACCAUUUGUGUUUAAUGUACAACUGAAUAGACCAAAAAAUUUGAAUGCAUUAAACAAUAAAAUGUGGAUAGAAAUUACCGAAUGCUUUAAUGAACUAGCAGAAAAUGCAGAUUGUCGUGUUAUUGUUUUAUCAGGCGUUGGAAAAAAUUUUUGCGCAGGUUUGGAUUUAAAGGAUGCAAUGAGCUUUGGACAGGGAUUAGCAGAACAUGAUGAUAUUGCAAGAAAAUGUAAAUUUAUGAAUAAGAAAAUUAAAACUUAUCAAGAUACGUGCACUUCUAUUGAAAAGUGUCCAAAACCAGUAAUUGGAGCAGCUCACGGUGCAUGUGUUGGUGCAGCAGUUGAUAUGCUUUCUGCAACUGACAUAAGAUAUUGUUCAUCAAAUGCAUGGUUUCAAAUAAAAGAAAUUGACAUUGGUAUGGCCGCAGAUGUUGGAACAUUACAACGACUGCCAAAAAUUAUAGGAUCUAAUAGUUUGGUUCGUGAAUUAGCGUUAACAGGACGAAAAUUGCCGGCAAACGAAGCACUUCAAUGUGGUUUUGUAAAUCGAGUUUUCGACAAUGAAGAAAAAUUGUUUAAUGAAGCUCUAUCAUUAGCUGAAGAAAUUGCAAGUAAAAGUCCUGUGGCUGUACAAACAACUAAAAUCAGUUUAAAUUAUUCAAGAGAUCAUACCGUUGACGAAGGAUUGGAUCACAUUAGAGAGCGCAAUCAAGCAAUGCUACAAAGUGAAGACUUCAUAAACGCAGUUGUGGCCCAGGCAACAAAAGAUGAUCCACCAGUAUUUUCAAAAUUGUAAAAUACAAUUAACGAAUUAUUAAUAAUAAUAUUUUAUUAUUAUUUCUUUAAUAUAAUAAUAAAAUAUUAUUUUUACUACUAUUUGACAAGACUAAAAAAAACAAUUAUUUUUUAUAAAAAAAUGUAAAAGAAGAUAAUUUUUUAUAAUGAUUUAUGUUAAGUAUUAAAAAAAAGUUUAGUAUAUUAAAUGUUUGAUAUGAUAAAUUA